AUGAAGUCAUUGUCUCUUUCAGUGUCGCAGCGCUUCUUCUGGUGUGACUCACGUAACGUACUGUGCUGGUUACGUUCCGAUCACCGUCGUUACAGCCAGUAUGUUGCGGCGAGAACGAGUGAAAUUCUAGACACUACGGAAGUUAACGAAUGGAACUGGAUCAAAUCGGAGUGGAACGUAGCAGAUGAUGGCACGAAAUGGACCGGGCAGGUGCAGAUGAAGUCCGACGAUCGUUGGUUUCUAGGGCCGGCAUUUUUGCAGAAAGCGGAGCGAGAUUGGCCAGUUAUCCCGUACAACCAAGAAACUACGACCGAAGAGCUUCGUACCAGUGUUCUGGUGCACAGGAAAGUUCGGGAUCCAGUGGUUGUGGCUAGUGACUACUCUAGCUGGAAUCGUCUGCUAAAAGUUACGGCAUAUGUACAGCGAUUCGUGUACAAUCUACAAGCGAAACGACAGGGAUUAGUUUCACAUCAAGGACCAUUGUCUAGUGAAGAAUUGCGACAGGCUCAGCUGUACCAUUUUCGGCAGGCGCAACAAGAGGUGUAUCACGAAGAGAUGUUGGUGCUGAAGGAGGGGUCGAAAAAUGGAGAGAACGUGCGGAAGCAAUGGCAACAAUACAGUCGCAGCCAGAUCUACAAGAUGAGCCCAUUCGUGGACGAAGACGGAGUUUUGCGAAUGAACAGCCGAGCUGCGAAGUGCUCUUUCCUGUUUCCGGACGAAAAAUUCCCGAUAAUACUUCCGGACAACCAUCCGGUCACCAAAAUUCUCCUAGUGGAUUUCCAUGAGAGGUACCAUCAUCGCAAUUAUGCUACUGUGGCCAACGAGGUGCGUAGACGGUACUGUAUUCCACGACUUCGUCAAACACUUCGCAAGAUGCGAUGUGGUUGUCAAUGGUGUCGGAACCGGGAUGCGAAACCUGCACCACCAGAGAUGGCAGAACUUCCUUCGGCGAGAAUGGCUGCCUUCACCAGGCCAUUUUCCCAUGUAGGCGUAGAUUUCUUUGGGCCUAUUGAAGUCUUAGUGGGGCGAAGGGUCGAGAAGCGUUGGGGGGUCUUAUUGACGUGUCUAACUGUCCGGGCUCUUCAUAUUGAGGUUGCUAACUCCCUUAGCACCAGCUCAUGCAUGAUGGCGUUGAACAAUUUCAUCGCUCGUCGAGGCACACCAGUGUGUUUUUACUCCGAUAGAGGGACGAAUUUCGUCGGCGCGUCCAAAGAGCUUCGCGACGCUCUGAAGGCGAUUGAUAAGCACGAAAUGUCGAAGGAGUUCACAACACCAGCUACGUCUUGGCAGUUCAACCCACCAUCCAGCCCACACAUGGGCGGUAGCUGGGAGAGGUUGAUUCAAUCGGUAAAGCGGAACUUGACGGAAGUGCUGAAGUGUAGGCGAUCAACGGAUGAGGAACUACGCAGUGCGUUGACACAGAUCGAAUCUGUUCUCAACAGUCGCCCACUUACUGAUGUUCCCAUGGACAAUGAGUCGGAACCGGCUCUGACUCCCAACCAUUUUUUAUUGGGGUCAUCGGAUGGCUCCAAACCCCUGACACUAUUCGAUGACAGCGUUCAAGCUGUGCGACGGGGAUGGCAGGUGUCCCAAAUGAUGGCGAAUCUUUUUUGGAGACGUUGGCUUCGGAAUUAUUUACCCGAAAUCACUAAGCGAACCAAGUGGUUUAAGAAGGUAAAGCCCAUAGCCGUGGGGGAUAUCGUCGUGAUUGUGGACCCGGAGCUACCACGGAACUGCUGGCCUAAGGGCCGGGUAAUCGGUACAGUAGAAAAAGGAAGUCAGGUACGUAGAGCAACUGUUCAAACUAGCAAGGGAGUGUACGAGCGACCAGCGGUCAAGCUGGCGGUCCUUGAUAUCUGGAGCGAAAAUAGGUAG